AACAACACUUUAGUAAUGCGGCAUUAAACAUCGGAAACAAGCAAACUUUCAGUCAGUUGUUUUCGUGUCUUCGGUCGACUCUGUCAUGCAGACGUGCUGGUGGCGAUCGCUGCUCGUAGCUCUAGGGCUCAGCUGCGUUGCCGUGAACGCGCAGUUUCCGCGCGCUUGUGCGACGGUAGAAGCGAUUGUUUCGAAGCGCUGUUGCCCGCCUCUCGGUCCUGAUCCGUCAAAUGUGUGUGGCGUCCUGGUGGGGAGAGGCAGCUGCCUUGAGGUCAGCGUUGAUGACAAACCGUGGAGUGGCCCGUACACGCUGCGCAACGUGGAUGAUCGUGAGAGGUGGCCGCUGAAAUUCUUUAACCAAACUUGUCGCUGCGUGGGAAACUUUGCUGGCUUCAACUGCGGAGAGUGCAAAUUUGGAUGGACUGGUUUAGAUUGUCAGCAAAGAAAAGUUCCAGUUGUAAGGCGGGACAUUCUUUCUUUGACCGCAGAAGAGGUUGAAGAGUUUCUAAAUCUUCUUGACCUAGCAAAAAGUACCAUCCAUCCAGACUAUGUCAUUGCCACACAGCAUUGGUUGAGCUUACUGGGGCCAAAUGGAACAGAACCUCAGAUUGCAAAUGUGUCCGUCUACAAUUACUUUGUGUGGCUCCACUACUACUCUGUGAGGGAUACUCUUCUAGGACCUGGUCGUCCGUUUAAAGCUAUUGACUUUUCUCACCAAGGACCUGCUUUCAUUACGUGGCACAGAUAUCAUCUUUUGCUGCUGGAGAGAGAUCUUCAGAGGCUGAGUGGGAAUGACAACUUCGCCAUACCCUACUGGAAUUUUGCAACAGGAAAAAAUGAAUGUGAUGUUUGCACAGAUUUGCUGCUAGGAGGACCACAUCAGGAUGAUCCAAAUUUAAUCAGCCCCAAUUCCAGAUUCUCCAAAUGGGAGAUUGUUUGUAACAGUUUAGAUGACUACAACCGACUGGUAACUCUGUGCAAUGGCACAAAUGAGGGAUUUCUUCAGAGACGCCCUCUACAGAAGGACGUUCGCCUGCCAACGAUGGAGGAUGUGCGAAGUUGUCUUUCCAUUGGAGACUUUGAUAACCCACCCUAUUUCUCAAAUUCUACUUUCAGCUUUAGAAAUGCACUUGAAGGGUUUGAUAAACCAGACGGUGAACUGGAUUCCUCCAUGAUGAGCCUUCAUAACUUAGUACAUUCCUUUCUUAAUGGGACCAGUGCUUUGUCACAUUCUGCAGCCAAUGACCCUAUAUUUGUGGUUCUGCAUGCCUAUACUGAUGCAAUUUUUGAAGAAUGGAUGAAGACGUUUGCUCCAGCCGAUUCAACUUGGCCUGAGCAACUAGCUCCCAUAGGUCACAACAGAAAGUACAACAUGGUGCCUUUCUUCCCACCUGUAACCAAUGAAGAUAUUUUUGUUAACUCUGAACAGUUGGGAUACUCCUAUGCUGCAUCUAUUUCUGAUACUACUUCUGCAAAAGUUGUUUUGAUAGGCUCCACGGUUGGUGGUGCUUUACUGGGCCUUCUCCUCUUGCUCCUAUUGCUGUUCCUCUUUCUGAAGAAAAAACAGAGAGAAGGUUUUGAACCUCUUAUUAAAGCAGAGUUCACAAAGAAAUAUACAGAGGAAGCUUAGCUUUGAAAUUAUCCCUUUUGUUUAUGGACUUUUUUUAUAUAUAAACAUUUUCACAGUACUCUACACUCUAGAAGUUAAAGUGAUCAGUUAUACUUUCUAGAAAUGUUGGGGGGGAUGUGGAGAAUACCUAUAUAAUAUUUAAUAAACUGAUAAGUCCUUUGCCUUAUACUUGCAAACUUUUUACUGAACAGCAGUGUUUCUGCAGGUUCUAGCUGCAUUAUCUUCACACCUAAGCUAGAAAUAUAUUAGAUGUAUUCUAGGCUUUGGUGCCUUAAUUAAAAACCAUAAUGCCAUGAUUAUGCGUUUAUAUUGCCUUAAUGCAACCGCUCCACAGAAAUGUUAAAACCAAAAGUUUGUCAAAUUACUCUGAGCUGUCAUACAAUUGAAUGGAUUAACUUAUUUUAGAAAAAUUUGAUUAACUAGUUUUAUAAUCCAAAUGUACUUUAAAUCCAAGCGCUGUUAUGGACCAAUCCAAUUUAAUUUUCUCUUGUGUGAGAUGGAGAGCUAGGUCAAAAUUCAGACAUUAACAUCACUGCUCGCCUACCUUUUUUUAGGUAAAGGUGCUACCUCUACUGGAGAAAUAAACCUGUGAUGACAAUGA